UCUAGAAAACAUUAAAUGAACUAAGUUCAAAAAAAUUAUUGUUUUUUUUAUUUAAUUAAAAAAAUAUAAACAAAAUUAUUGUAAUCUUUAAGAAGCAUUAAAAUUCAAUUGUAAAUCAUGACAACAAAAUGCCAACCACCAAAGAGUCCAUAUCAUAAACAUGAAUUUAACACCUGUACUGAACCGACAUCUUUUGAUCCACUGUUUAUGGAGAAUAUAAAUGAUGUAGCGGAUACAUUGGUUGAGAUUAUGAUUGUAUGUGGCAUACACCGUUGCAAGGCGAAAGCAUCAAAAUCCACAAUAAUCAAAGCAUUCCAAUUUUACGAUAUCAAACGACAUCGAUUUGAUGUAGCCCGAGAAGAAGAAGGUAUUUCUAGGAAUGAUAUGGUUUGUAAUUUUCAAUGCAAAUGCAUGAUGACUCAUAUAGAAGCGUUGCUGGCUUAUGGUAUUGUUAAGAGAUCGGUAAAAGCUUUUUAUCAUGGAACUCCAGACUACAGUAUACGAAGUCCUAUUACUGAAGCGGUAAUUUUAAAGGAACAAGAAUUUAUAUGGCAACAUGCUGCCACAAGAACCGUUCAGUUGUUUGAACCAUAUGAACAUAUAUUUUUCAAUGCACAUCAAAAUUAUGCCCAGUUAAUUGUAAAAAUCUACAAAGAAUUACAUAAUCGCAUAAAAAGUCGUGCUGAUCCAGUUCUAAUUGAAGAUUAUCAUCCCAGAGGAUGUGUUAAGAAGAUAGUUAUUGGUACAAAGUCCCCACCCAAAUUGGAUAGCGAAAAACUAAGAUGUGUGGAGAAAUGUUCCAAAAUUGAAGAAAUGAAAAAGUAUAUUAAUCAUUUGCCGGACAAAUCGUUUCCAUUCAAAAGUGUGACUAAAUCUUGUGAAUUUAUAUUUGGUUCUAAAGAAUCUUCUGCACCACCACAACCUUUGGAAACACAAGCAGGAAUAAAGAAUAAACCCAAAAAAUAUGAAGUGAAUCUGCCACGUUGUUACCAAUGUAAUUGUCCCAAAUUGAUUUGUGAUUGUGACAUCGAAAGAGAUACAGGCAUACUAGCCGUCGAAUGUUCCCAAGGGCCUUACGAAUGUCAGUGGGUGAGAAUCGAUAAGAAUGACAGACCUGAUCCGUGUAUAGAAAAAAGAGAAUUACAUCAGUGUCCCAUCGAUUGUCCAACUUCAGAAAGUUCUAGUGAAGAAGAUGAAAAUCAAUGGUCUGAGUGUUCUGAAGGAAAUGAAUCUGAUGAAUAUCGAGAAACCGCGGAGGAACAAGAGUAUGAAGAAACGGAUAAUGAAGAGUCUUUGGAAAGGAUGAUGCCUAAAAAUUUACCAAAACGUAAAACCACAAAUGAGUGUGAAAGAAGAGAAAUUAGUAAAUUACCUGCUACGAAAAUUUGUUAAUUGAUAUUUUAUUUGCCCUAAAGAUCUGUCAGUUAAUUUACUUGUCUGUUUUUUAUAGCGAUAAAUCUAAAUUAAACACUAAGAAUAUUAUAUUCGUUAUUAUCAGAUCUUAUAUACCCGCCAUUAAAAUAUGUAUAUAUGUGUCGCAAAGUUUUAUAGUAGCCAAAAUCUGUUAACUUUGAAAUUAUGGCACUCGUUUUAGGUUUAUAAGAUUCAUAAUCGAAUAUAACAUUCUUAUUUAACAUGGACUUGGGCCAAUUAUGUCUGAACUGAACAGAAUUAGAAAGAAAUAAAAG